UUUGACCAUAACGAGAGACGGAAGCAACAAGGUCUUGAGCCAGAGCCUGAAACAGAACCCUUCCCGCUCUUAUCCGUUCCUACCACUUCCUUAAGUGGUCCAUCUCAAAGCAUCACAAAGAAUAGUGGAGACAUGGUAGAUAAACCUUUUUCAUCCCUGCUGCGACCAUCUGUAAGUUUUCCAUCCUUAAUGGCUACUGAAGGGUCUAAUGCCAAUCAAAUACAAGUUGGCGAUUCUCGUCUCAACCAGAGUGAUGGUUUUAUCAAAGGAAGAGGUUUUCUUGAGGUGUGUCAAAAGCUUAAGGGGCUCCACCCCUGGGCUGACGACACCUUGAUUGCAGAUGUCAUGGCUGGUGUAAAUGAUUUCAAUACGGCCUUAACAUUGUUGGAAGCAAUGAUAUCUCCUGAUCAUACAUACGUUGCACAUGACAACAGAAAAACCAAGGGAUUUGAUAUUGACAAUUUUUUAACUCCAAAAGAAGCAAAUACUCCCUGCGUGGAAAAGUUUAAAGAAGGAGAGACAGAUACUAAAGGUGUGAAGUCUAAUAAUGAGGCUUCUCUCGCGAAUAACAGUAACUUUGCUGCUAAUAAAGCGGGGAGUUUGGGGCUUAUACCAGUUGAGCCUGCGUGGGAAGAGGAUGAUAUUUAUUCAAUCCAUCGGAAGGACGCGAUGAAAAUGACGAGGUCAGCAGCUCGACACUCUAAGGCUGCCAGUGACGCCUAUCUCAGAGGUGACCACUUAUCUGCCCAACAUUUUUCUCUAAAAGCCCAAGAAGAGUGGGUUGUCGCUAACAGGCUAAAUGCCCAGGCAGCAAAGGAAAUUCUGAGUGUCCGCAACUGUAAGAAUGAUGAAUGGACAUUCGACUUGCAUGGUCUUCAUGCAACAGAGGCAGUUGAAGCUUUACGAGAACAUUUGCAAAAGAUUGAAUCUCAGGUGAAUCGUGCUGGUCAUAUGAAUCAAGUGAACUUGAAGCCCAGCUUUGGAGCUGCUGUAUCUGUUGAAACUUCAGAUCGUAUUGAUGUGGAUAAUGAGAGCAAAGGAUCCCUGAUGAAUAAGCAGCGACCAGCUUUCUUGGAGGUCAUAACAGGUAAAGGAACUCAUAGCCGGGGACAUGCUGCCCUUCCAUUGGCCAUAAGAAGCUUUCUCAUCGAAAACGGGUAUUAUUCUCUUCCUUUAGGCAUACAGGUCCUCCAAGUGCUCUAGUUUGUGCGGUUCUAAUUUUCUAAGUCAACAUUUAGCAAA